GACGGAUUAUUGUAAUCUGACAGUUCGAUCGGAGAUCAUCCGUAUUUGUUUAUAUUUUGUUAUUAAAUUUUAUUAUUUUCAUUUAUAUUUUAUCGUUGUCGGCGAUGGCGGCCAAAUUCUUGAUCGUCGCCUUCUUGGCCAUUCAAUGCAGCAUCGUCGCCGCAACUGAAUGCUCUGACUCACAACCGCCAGCGUACGGACAGAAGGAAUACCCACCGCCGUCGUAUUCGUCUCCGUCUUACGCCGCUCAACCUUCUUACGAACAGCCCAAGUACCCAGUAGCCGUGUACUCGGCUCCGUCGUACUCCACCCCGUCAUACGGACCCAAACCUCAAUCUUACUCAGCUCCGUCUUAUUCUUCACCGUCCUACUCCGCGCCGGCUUACGGCCAACAGCAGACUUACUCCGCUCCUUCUGCAUACUCCACCCCGUCCCCUUACACUGCUCCGUCUUCUUACUCCACCCCGGCUUACGGCAAGCCCCAAUCAUACUCUGCUCCGGCUUACGGAAAACAACAAUCCUACUCAGCUCCGUCCCCUUACUCUGCUCCGGCUUACGGCAAGUCGCAAUCCUACUCAGCUCCAUCCCCUUACUCUGCUCCGUCUUCUUAUUCCGCCCCGGCUUACGGCAAGCCCCAAUCAUACUCUGCUCCGGCUUACGGACAACAACAAUCCUACUCAGCUCCCUCCUCCUACUCUGCUCCGUCUUCUUACUCCGCCCCGGCUUACGGAAAGUCGCAAUCCUACUCAGCUCCAUCCUCAUACUCUGCUCCAUCUUCUUACUCCGCCCCGGCUUACGGCAAACCCCAAUCAUACUCAGCUCCGGCUUACGGCAAGUCCCAAUCCUACUCAGCUCCAUCCUCAUACUCCGCCCCUGCCUAUAGCAAACCACAAUCUUAUUCUUCUCCUUCUUACACUACUCCGUCAUACUCAGCACCAUCGUACACUACCCCUGCCUACGGUAAACCUCAAUCGUACUCUGCUGCUCCGUCGUCUUCUUACGAACAACCUAAAUACCCGUCGCCUUCCCAAUACUCUGCACAGCCGUCUUACCCGGGUCAACGAGCACAGAAAUCUUACGUCGAGGAAUCUUACCCGCCAAAACCGUACAGCUUCGAAUACCACGUGAACGACGAACAGACUUACGACAUCAAGAGCCAAAAGGAAGAAAGCGACGGCUACAACGUAAAAGGAUACUACUCCCUGGUCGAGCCCGACGGUUCCCGCAGAACCGUCGAAUACACCGCCGACGAGAGCGGAUUCAACGCCGACGUUAAGAAAGAAGAAGGAAGUGGCUACAAAACAGCCCCCGCUUACAACAAGGAAACAUCAGCGUACAAACCAGCAGCUGCCGCCUCAUACAGCGCACCUGCACCGUCUUACAGCAAACCGGCGUCUGCUUACAGUGCACCACCACAGAAAGAAUACGACACCCCAUCGUACUAAUCUUGUAAUGAUAAAUUAUUAACUUUAUUAUUUAUUGAUAAUAUUGCAAAACAAAUAACUGUUAGAUGUCGACGUUGCCGUUGUUAAAUCAUUGUAUUACGAUAAUAAUUUGUGUCGUCUACUAGUACAAAAUAUAAUGUAAUAUUUAAAUAAAAAAUACUUAUGAACCGAAUAGAGCUCCUGUUAAUAAGUUUUCAUAAGACAGAU